AUGAAUGAACAUUCUCGUUCUAUUUUACAUCGUAUUGAAUUACGUCGUAGAAAUGAACGAGAUAAAUUUGGUUUUGCAAUUCAAUAUGAACAGCCUUGCUCGAUAUGUGUUUAUUCGGGCAGUUUAGCACAAGCAAGUGGCCUUCGUUCAGGACAAAUUUUAGCUAAAGUUAAUGGAUAUAAUGUACUUGAUGCAAGACACGAUGACGUUAAAAGACUCGUUUAUGCUAAACAUACAAAUUUGCUUGUACUUGAAGUUCUCGAUCCAGAUGAUGAUAUCGAUGAAGAAGAUAGUAUUGAAUGUAAAGAAAAUAUUUUAUCUCCAUCUACCUGCCGUAUAACUUCGAAAAUAUCAGUGAAUGAUGCUCUUCGUGGACGAAUUCUUCGCGAUAUUAACACCGGUUCCUCAUCAACAACCAAUAAAUAUCCUAUAAAACAUUACUAUAAAAAAGCUCGUGAAUCUUUAACAUCAUCAUCUCAAGAUUCCACGACCAGUACAACAUCAGAUACAAUACUUAAUCAUCAGCAUCAUCAUCAUCAUCAUCAUCAUCAAAAAUCUUUUCCUAGUAUAAAUCGUCAGCGUCUAUCUAAAGUUCUAAUUAGUACAAAUCUUCGAAUGUUAUUAUCACAAAUCAAUGAUAUUAUUCUAUUAAAAGAUAUGUAUUCAUCAUUAACACCGGGUGUUAAUCUCAUUGAUUCUCAAUCAUCAUUAUCAUUUAAUCAUCAAACAUUAUAUACAUUUUCUUCAAUUGACUAUCUUGGUUAUUUCGAUAUUGAUCAUAAUAAUAAUAAUCAAAAUGAAUUAGUUAAAAAAAUACAAAAAUUUCUCAAACGUUCAAUAUUAAAUCCUGCAUCAAAUAAAAUUGAAUUUCAUAUUCAAUGUAAACAAUUUCAUAUAAGCCCAUUAUGGUUUAAAUUCUUAGCUGGAAAAUAUCUAAGUUAUAUUUGUUUAUUUCAUACACAACCAACAUUAUUUGCUCUUAUACUAUAUUGUUCAAUUAAAAUUGAUGAAAAUAUUAAAAAAUUUCAAUAUGAACAUAAUUCAAGUUCAAUGUUUGUUUUUCGUGCAUCAUCAAUUGAUGAAAGAAAUAGAAUAAUACAAUGUUUAUUUACUCGAGCGAAGCAUUGCUCAAAUCAUCAAUGUACUAUGGAAGAUAAGCGCAAAAAAAAUACAUUAGAUGAACCAGAUACUUGUUCAACAAAUAGUUCCUGUGCUACAUCAAUUGAUUCAAAUAUUGAUUCGUGUACAACAGGGACAACAUCACAAUCAUCUGUAGAAUCAUCCUCACCCAAUCCAUUACGAUCAUCAAUAGAAGAAGAUGAUCAACAUCAACGAAGUAUUCCACCACCACCUGAAUUUAGUCACGACGAUGAUUCUUGUCCAGUACCAUGUUCAUCAUCUUCAUCGUCAUCUCUAUCCGAUGUUGAAUUACUUGAUAAUGAAUUAGGAGAAGAUUCAACGUCAAAAGCAGUAACAACAGCAACAACAACGGGUCAAUUUUUAUGGAUUGAUCAUCAUCCUCGUCGACAUUCAUUUGCGAAUGAUUCGCAUUUAAUCGAUGGAAAUAAUUUUCAUUAUCAUCCUUCGAGCCCAUUUUUGGAGCAUCCAUCAUUGAUUGAGGAUUUACGUGCAAGAUUUGCUUCAGCUUAUAUUCUAACAACUGCUUCGACUCUAACAGAAGCCUAUAAUGAACAUGAAUUAUCAUCACAACAUGAAACCAGUAUAAAUGAAGGUUCAAUUGAUUUAAACGACGAGAAUUGUUUGGCAACAUCAUGGGCACUUAGUUUUGAAAAAUUGCUCAAUGAUGAAAUAGGCUUAUAUAUUUUUACCGAAUUUCUAAAAAAAGAAUUUAGUCAAGAAAAUAUUCAAUUUUGGAUUGAAUGUGAAAAAUUGAAAAAAUUGUCAGAUCCAGACGAAAUUCGCCAAAAAGCUAGUUCUAUUUGGUCAACAUACUUACAGGAUACAGAUGAUGGUUCAUGUCGAAUUAAUAUUGAUAAUCGAACACGACAUGAAUGUCAACAAUUAUUAUUAACCAAUCCAAGCAUUCAUACAUUUGAGAAAGCACAAUCUCAGAUCUAUCAAUUAAUGAAAUAUGAUUCGUAUACGAGAUUUCUAAAAUCAGAUAUGUAUAGGCAUUGCAUUAGAGACGAAAUACAAGGAAAGUCUAUAUCGUAUUCGAAACAACACUUAUCAAAACAUAAUGAAGAAAGAUCAAAUAGUUUUGUUAAACUAAAAGAUGAAGAGAAGAAAGAUAAAAAACGAAGUCCAUUUUUACCUUGGGCCAAAGCCUUUUCUAAAUGGAAACGACCGAUAAAUCCAAAUUCAAUUCCUUCAUCAACGAGUUCAAAUUUUGAUUCAUGUUCAAUAAAAUCUUGUCAGAUAUCAUCAUUUCAUACACUUUCACGCUAA